CCCUGGCACGUCAACAUAAUGGCCAACACCGGUUCCAACAUCUCGGUGAUGGGCGAAUCGACUCGGCUGGUGCCCGCCAACACCCCGGCAGUUUUCGAGAUCAUCACCAGCACCAACACGGCACCCGAUGAUCUGUUGGUCCACGUAAUAGCGCCCAGUAAAAGGACAGUACCGGCUAGGGUGUUGCCCGGGAAUAGAACUGGAGUACAAACUGUUGAAUUCGUUCCAAAUGAAGUCGGAACCCAUAUAGUCGAAGUAACGGUCAAUGGAGAAAAAUUACCAUCUGGGCCGCUAGUAGCGAAAGUAUACGAUUCUGGGUUAAUCCAAGUGGCCGACGUGAGUGGCGGCGUUGUUGGACAGCCUGUACAAUUUAGAGUUGACGCCAGUCAAGCCGGAGAAGGUCAACUCGAAAUAUCCAUAAACGAAGGCGAAGUACCGAACCACGUCCAGGUAGUGGGCGGUGGGCGUUGCCUAGUUUCCUUCACGCCCGACCAGGCCAAACCGCACCUCAUCGACAUCAAGUUCAAUGGCGAGACGGUGCGCGGCUGCCCGUUCGUCUGCGCAGUAGCGGACACUAGUCGCGUCACUCUAAGCCUCGCCCACCUCGAACUGGUCCCGGUAAAUCAGCCCAGCUCGUUCCACAUGGGCGUGGCGGGAGGCGGGGCGGCCGAACUGGCCGUAGCCGUUCGCGGACCCGUGGGCGAGUUACCGGUCAAGGUCACGGGCGACAUUCAUUCGGGCUUCACGGCUGAGUUUACGCCCGCGCAGGUCGGCGCGCAUCAGAUUAGCGUGGAUUACAAUGGAAGACCAGUGCAGGGAACGCCUUUUGUGGCCAAGGCCUUCGAUUCGAAUAAGGUUACAGUAGGCACAGUAGCUCGCGGUACUGUCGGCAGACCUGUUACCUUUUCAGUAGACGCGAGCGAAGCUGGAGAGGGCAACUUGGAAAUAACUAUUUCGGCCCGCGGCUUGAACAUUCCCACUCAAGUGCACCCUCAGGGCAAUGCCAGAUUUGCUGUUAGUUUUGUGCCGGCCGAAGCUUGCGACCACGUGGUCAAUGUGGCCUUUAAUAAAAGACCGGUUGUCGGAUGUCCGUUAAUCGUGUCAGUGGGCGCCAGUGGUACUGGACCAAGCGUUACCUUGCCCGGUCCUGGCCCAGUACACAGACCUAGUACCCUCCUGAUAAAUCACCCAGGACGGUUAGAGGACAUAGAAGUUAAUGUUGAGGGUCCUGGAGGUCAAGCUGUUCCGACCCAAGUACAAUCCCUGGGCAACGGUCAGUACCAAGCUGAAUUCGUGCCACGUGUAGUAGGGGAGCAUAGGAUCAAUGUUUCGGUGUGCGGAGUUCCGACGGCAGGUAGUCCAUACGCAGCGAAAGUAUACGAUGUCCAGGCUAUUAAAGUUAAAGAGUCAGCAAGUGGAGUGGUUGGGAAACCUGUCACAUUCUUAGUUGAAACAAGCCAGGCUGGCCCUGGUAAUUUAGAAGUGACAGUGAACGGAGGCUUAGUACCAACAUCAGCUCAAGCCCAAGGUCCUCACACGUACGCCAUAUCUUUCACCCCUAGAGAACCAUCGGUACAUUCUGUGGACUUACGGUUUAAUGGCCAGGACGUUCCCGGAAGCCCUUUCAAAUGCAACGUAGUACCGGCAGCCAGGAUUCUAGCUCCUGACGCUUUGGAUAAAGUGUCCGUAGGGCGACCCUGUACGUUUGUGGUGGAAAGUCCUAACCCGCCCAUAGUGGAAGUUUUGGGACCUGCUAGAAGAUCUUUGCCUACACAAGUGAAUCCACAACCUGGUGCUGCUGGUAAAUUCGAAAUAUCUUUUACUCCACUUGACGUAGGCGAUCACAGUGUCGAAGUCCGAUUACCGGGUGGUCAUAUCGAAGGCAGUCCAUUCCUGGUUAAAGCAUAUGACGCCAACAGAGUUACUGUAACUGAUAUAAUGGACGGUGUCGUUGGUAAACCGGUAUCAUUCAGCAUCAACGCAUCCCAGGCUGGAGCUGGUAAUUUGGAGAUUAUUGUAGCGGUUGGUGGCAGAAAUGUCCCCAAUUUUGUGCAAAGCGAAGGAAACGCUAGGUUUAAAGUCAAUUUUAAACCUAUCGAACCUGCUACUCAUACGCUUAGUGUAAGAUUUAAUGGUCAAGCCGUCCCUGGAUCACCAUUUAACUGUAAAGUCAGCCCAGGAAAUAUACAACCUCGUGUACCAGUGUCUGGGUCUGGUAUAGAAUUGGCAUCUGUAGACGCCCCAGCUGAAGUUAAAAUAGAAGGAGCUCUAGGCGGUGAACCUCAAAUUAUUGUUACUGCGCCUACUGGCAAGAUACUUCCGGUCAAGCUGUCAACCAUAGCGGAUGUUUAUACGGCUCACUUCAUACCGGAAAUGGUAGGAAGACAUUCCGUCGCCAUUUUGAUCAACGAUCAACACGUCAUCGGUUCGCCGUUCAGCUGUAAUGUUUAUGAUGUCAAUAAAGUACUGGUUACCGGCAUACCUGGAAGAAAGAAUGACAUUACAAGAGCCAUGAACGAUUUAAGCUUUAGAGAACUUGGUCCUGCUGAAGUCGGAAAACCAGUAACGUUCAGUGUCGAUGCAGCUCAAGCCGGAGAAGGUACCCUAGAAUUGGUGGUAUCCACGCAGCAUACCACCAUUAAAGCGGAAGUGGUAGCAUGCGCUAGAGGGCUAUACGAUGUUACUUUUGUUCCGUUGACUGCAGAAGAUCACUUUGUUAACAUUACCUUCAACGAUAUUGCAGUAGUUGGCAGUCCUUUCCAUUGUUCAGUUGUUGAAGCAACACAGUACUACCAAAUCGGGUCCACUUGUUACAUGGAUCUUCCGACUGAUAACCACCGAUUAGAAAUCAAAGACCCGAAUAACCACAACGUUAAAUACAUUGUUAAGGAUUAUAAAGCACAGUUUGUUCUAAGUCAAACUGGAACAUACAGAGUGCAUUCUUACAAGGGACACGAGCUCGCUUCAACACGAACCAUGCACGUUUUUGAUACCACCAAAAUUGACGUUGUAAACGUACCCGAAGCCGUCUGUCAUCGGCCCGCAGUAGUCAGCAUCAACAUGAACAAAGUGGGCCCUGGCAAGCUAACUGCUUUAGUUCGCGUGGCGAACAGAGAUGUUGCUCAUAGCGUGCGUCAGAGCCCCAUCAAUUCGAAUAUGUGGGAGGUGGUGUUUCAUCCUAUAAUCGCGGCACCUCAUAGGGUGACGUUAUAUUAUAAUGAUGUGCCUAAAUUUGGUGUGUUGGAAGUACCAGUUAAGAGUCCUGGACAGGAACCUUGGGCUGGAGGUUUAGGUCUGUAUCAAGCUAAAGUAGGCAAAGUAACCUCGUUCCACAUCGAUACCUUGGGACGCUCCGCCAGGGAGUUCGACGUGGUAGUAAGCAGUCCUUCCGGCUCGGCGGUACCGGUUCGUUGUUACCAAACGAAAACCGGAAAACUUCAAGCAGAAUUCACGGCCCGCGACGUUGGGCCUCACAAGGUCGAAGUAUUGCACCAGGCCAAGGCUCUGACUGGCAGUCCGUUCAUUUGCCAAGCUUGCGAUCCGGAUAUGGUUAGGAUCGUGGAUAUACCGACGUCGCAAGGCAAUGUCGGAGAAAAGAUUAUUUUCAAUGUACUUACUAAAAAUGCUGGUAUAGCCGAUUUAGAAGUUCAAGCUACCAAUCCAAUUGGUCAAACUCUGGCAGUCGAAGAAACACAUUUGGGCGAAAACCUAAUCCAAGUGAGCUUUACUCCGAACUCAGCUGGACUGUUUCAAGUAGCUGUCACUUAUGGUGGUGUACCAGUUAAAGGCUCACCGUUAGCAUUGGGUGUAGGUCCGGUUGGACCAACUCCACCUCCCAGAGCCGUUGGUAAAGGUUUAGAAAGUGCCAUAGUUGGUGAGAGGGCUACAUUUACUGUGAGUAGCGUUUGUCAGCCAAGGGUCCAAGUCGAAGCGGUCGAAGGAAACAUCGAUGUUAACAUUCAAAAUCCCAAACCUGGAGAAUACGUUGUUUCUUACGUUCCUAAAUGGGUUGGAACGUAUGACAUUAUCAUUGGAAUUGGUCCAAACGAUCUUCCAGGUUCACCAUUCAGACCAAACAUCGCCGAUCCCGAAGCAGUUCGUCUGAUAGGCGGUUGGAAUCAAUAUUUGGACGAUUCAGGCAGAAUAAAAUUACCGGCCAAACUGGCAUUUGACAUUUCGAAUGCAGGACCUGGAACGCUGGAAUGCAAGAUAGCUGGACGGAAAGUUCAUCCAGAAAAGAGCGGUUCCCGAAUAAGAUUUGAUUUAUCUGGUGAAGGACUCAAUUCUGGUGAACACGAAUUUGAAAUCAAAUUUGCGGGAGUUCCCUUACCGGAAUCACCUAACAGCAUUGUUUCCUUGGGCGAUCAAGUGGUUUUAACGGGUAGAGGCUUAGCGGAAGCUAAAUGCUGCGAACCUGCAGUUUUCACUAUCGAUGGUUCUAAAGCAAGUUCUGGCAAUCCAGAAGUCACACUUCAUGCUGCCGAUUCUAACAUUCCCGUACCUGUUAUGAUUAGUCUGGCAGGUGAGAAAAUAUGGAGAGCAUCAUACACCAUUACCACACCAGGAAAUUAUCUGUUAUCUGUUUUAUGGGCUGGUCGGCCCGUUAAGGGUUGCCCAUUGAUGGUAGAGGCUAAAGGCGGUGCCGAUGCAACAAAAGUUCUGUGUUCUGGAGAAGGACUCCGCCAGGGCGUCGUAGGUAGAGAGAUCCGUUCCUGGAUUGAUACGAGAAGAGCGGGACCUGGUGAACUUACCGCCCAUUGCGCAGGUCCGCGCAAAGUGGCUUACUGCGAGUUGUACGAUCACGGCGAUGCCACGUUCACCCUCAACGUUAAGCCACAGGAACCUGGACGUCACCAGCUAACCAUUAAGUACGCUGGACAACACGUACAGGGUUCGCCGUUUAUUCUGAAGGUAGCUGGGGCUCCAGAUGCAAGCAAGGUAAGGGUUUAUGGGCCUGGAAUAGAGCAUGGAGUACUGGCCACGUUCCAAUCCAGAUUUAUAUGUGACACUCGAGGAGCGGGAGCUGGACAAUUGACAGUUAGGGUACGGGGACCCAAAGGUGCUUUUAGAGUUGAAAUGCAGAGGGAGAGCCAAAAAGAUCGAACUAUUUUGUGUAAAUAUGAUCCGACAGAACCCGGAGAUUACCGAGUGGAGGUAAAAUGGGCAGGAGACUUCGUACCUGGAUCACCUUUCCACGUUAUGAUCUUCGAUACACAGGAGGAGCUACGAAGAUACAUAGCUUCAUUAUAAAACAACGAAUAUUAUAAUAAAUUAUUUAAGAAAUUUUAUAUUUAGAUACGAAAAGAAAAAGUACAAGAAACAUGGAAAUCGUGAUUGAUAUUUCGGAUUUAGAUUUUCUGUCAAAGUUUUAUUAUUUGUAUUUACUGUAGAUUCUGAUAUUAUUUUAUGGUCAUAUCUGUGCUUCUGAUGGAUUUAUUUGAUAAUGCUUAAUUGCCACAUUAUUAAUUUACCGUUUUCUCAGCCAAUUUUAUAAUUUAUUAAUAAUUUUAUCGUUUUAGCAAAAACGUAACAAUCUAAAAUACGUUUUACUGUGUUUAUUUUAAAAAGUUUUAAAUUAAAUUGUUAUUAUUUUAACAAA